AGAAUUUAAGAGAUAUUCGAAAUAAUGAUCCCAAUUUUUUAAGAAAAUUUAAAUCUUAGACAUUUAAGUUCAUGUAGCUUUUGCAAUAAAAUUGCCUUCUAAUAAAAUGACUAAAAUGUCUUUGUAAAGUUAUAAUUGUUUGAUUGGUAUUUGAAGUUGCCGGUUCCUCUUUGAACCAGUAGUCAUAGCGCACGAAUAUCUAGACGCGUGAUACUCAAUACGGAAAUAACAACCUUUGAGAAGGCAUUUCCGACAUUCUGACGCCACAUACGAUACGUGGUAAAAUUUGUGUAUACAGUGAUAAGAAAAUAUCUCGAGGAUAGUUGGAUAGCCGGUAAUUAAUUAUGAUUAGCUAAAUUUGGUGAAAACCAAAAUUCAGUAAUCGCAAGCUAAAUUGUCCGUUUAUUUCGUUCUCUGUUAUUGAAGAAGUAAUCUGACGAUUAAAUAUUGGUUAUAUAUUACAGUGAGAUAUCAAAUUAGAAUUUCAAGAUGCAGAAAUUUAAGAAAGCUCAAGCACAAAAUAAAUUGUCAAUUGAAAAACACUUGGAAGCCAAUGCAUCAUUGAAUUCAUCGAGUGAAGAUGAAGAUGAAACGAAUGAAGAAGAUGUUCAAAAUGUAGUAGAUAAAGUAUUAUCAGCAUACCAGGGACAAAGCAUAGAUGCAGAAAAAGUGAUAUCAUACUUAGUGAAUUCCUUUCAAAGUAGUAGUGCUGUUUGUUUAAUAUGUAUAUCAACUGUUAAGAAAAUAGAUCAGAUAUGGAACUGCGACAAAUGCUAUGCAUUUCUACACAUGUCUUGCAUUCUACACUGGAUCAAUGACAGUUUGAGUUACAAACGGGCUAAAGGAAUUAUGCCAAUCUGGGCAUGUCCAAAAUGCCGUAUGGAAUAUGACCAGGAUCAAAUUCCAAGAUCAUACAAAUGCUUCUGUAAAAAGAUUGUAGAUCCUCCGUAUCAACCUUGGAUCAUUCCACAUUCCUGCGGCGAGGCUUGUGGCAAGCCCCUACAACCGGAAUGUGGCCACAAAUGUGUAUUGCUCUGUCAUCCUGGUCCUUGUCCACCUUGUGCCAAGAUGGUAUCGGUUAAAUGUUAUUGUGGCAAGCUACCGGCGCAGCCGCGACGUUGUAAUGCUAAAGAUUGGAGUUGCGGAACUAUAUGCAACAAAAAAUAUGAAUCUUGCAUGCACACUUGUAAUAACUUGUGUCACACUGGAGAAUGUCCCCCUUGCAUAGAAACGGUGGUAUUGAAAUGCCGUUGUAAAAGUAACGAGAAGGUAGGAAAGUGCUACGAGGGGACAUGGAUUUGCGAAAAGCCUUGCAACAAGAGAUUUUCUUGUAACGUACACAGCUGCGAGAGCACUUGCCAUUUGUCCGGUGAUUGUGGCAACUGCCCCUUAGAGAAAAACAGAUGUUGUCCUUGUGGAAAAAAACGAUAUGAAGUUUCAUGUAGACAACAGCAAGUGCCAACAUGCGGCGAUACAUGUGGCAAGUUAUUAGAUUGCGGAUCGCACUUCUGCAACAUGAGAUGCCACACCGAUCGCUGUGGCCAAUGCUUGGAAGUAGUAACGAAAGCGUGCAGAUGCGGAAGCUACACGAAAGAGAUUGCCUGCGUGAAAGAGUUUCACUGUAGCAAGAAAUGCAUGCAAAUGCGCUUGUGUGGUAGACACUUAUGUAACAGAAAAUGCUGUGACUGUGUGUCGAGGAACGUGUCCAAUCCAUGCGAAAAGACGUGCGAGAACACCCUCAACUGUCGUAAACACAAGUGCGCCGCACCGUGUCAUAGCGGUCCUUGCUAUCCAUGCACCAGAAUGGACGUCAUACAAUGUCGAUGCGGCAGCAGUAAGAUAACGGUGCCAUGUGGUACCAGAAAGAGAAUCAGGCCACCACCAUGUAAUAAAUCCUGUAAGAUUCCACCUAUUUGCCAUCACAGUAAGAGGGAAACGCACAAAUGUCAUCAAGGCCCAUGUCCGCCGUGCAAAAAGAUCUGCGGACUGACGCAUAAAAGAUGUGGUCACUCCUGCCCGGCUACUUGUCAUACCAAAGUCUGGGUAAAAGCGAAGACAAAUGGGGUAAAAGCACAACCUAUUGGACCUUGGGAAAAACCGAAGGACGUUAUGGAGUUAAAGACUUUACCAUGUCCAUCGUGCGAGGUUUCUGUAUCUGUAACUUGUCUUGGUGGCCAUGAAACACGCCCUUGGCCGUGUCAUAUGUCGAAGCCAAGUUCCUGUGGCAGACUCUGUGGCCAGCUACUGCCGUGCAAGAAUCACACCUGCGAAUUUACUUGUCACAAAGUACAAACUUCUGAUGACGAGUCUGACAGCAGUAUUCCAUGCAUGGAAUGUGAGAAAGAAUGCAAGUUUGCACGACCAACGGGUUGUACGCAUACGUGUCCGCAACCUUGUCAUCCAGCACCGUGUAAACCAUGCAAACAACUGAUACGAAUCUCUUGUCAUUGUGGUAUCAGUACCCUUUAUCGGCACUGUGUAAACUUAACGUCUGCAACGAGCAAGGAACGAGACGAAUUACUCAAAUGUGGAAACCAAUGCCCCAAAAAUUAUUCAUGCGGUCACCGUUGCAUUAACGAUUGUCAUCCAGGAGAAUGCAAAGGCGGGGAAGAAUGCAGCAAAAAAGUCAGAUUAUGGUGUAAAUGUAAACGAAUCAAGAAGGACUUUCUUUGUUCGUUUCUUCAAAAAGAACAGCUUACUGUAGAGUGCGAUAGCGUGUGUGAAUCAUUGAAAAAUGAAAAAAAGGUAGCCCAAGAAACUAUGAUAGCAAAGAAGCUUGAGGAAGAGAAGCUACGCAAUCAAGAAGAAAUUGAGAAAUUUGAAAAAAAAUUUAAACCACGGCGAAAGCGAAAGGAUAAGUACGAGAAUUCGAAACAGUUCCGAGAAAACGCAAGAAAUAAAUGUUGGAAUGCAUGGAUUUUAGCGAUUAUUGUAAGCUUGAUAGGAAUAAUAAUAAUAUAUAUGACCGUACCAAACCUAAGUGUAUUUGGAAUGAGCUGAUUCUAGAAAUUGAUUUCACAUUUAUGACCAUUUAUGAUGAUAAUCAUUGAUAAGUGAAAGAUUUGUGAUGUAUCAACGCUUAUACCUAUUAUAAUAAGCCCGAUCCUAUUAUCUAGUUUAUGUUAAUGAAAAUAAAUAUACAAUUAUGGCAUUUUUUAUAUAUACAUUUAUAAUCAGUGAUAAAGGCCUAGUAAUCAUUUGGAA